GUUCUUCGCCCUGAGGACAAGGUUGCUCACUAUGAUGGCAAGGUUCUUCACACUGAGGACAAGGUUCUUCACUUUGAGGACAAGGUUUUUCACUCUGAGGACAAGGUUCUUCACUCUCAGGACAAGGUUCUUCACUCUGUAGACAAGGUUCUUCACUCUGAGGACAAGGUUCUUCACUCUGAGGACUAGGUUCUUCACUCUGAGGAGAAGGUUCUUCACUCUGAGGACAAGGUUCUUCACUCUGAUGACAAGGGUCCUCACUUUAAGGACAAGGUUCCUGUCACUGAGGACAAAUUUGCUGAAACUGAGAACAAAGUUCCUCAGUCGGAGGACAAGGUUCUUCACUCUGAGGACAAGGUUCUUCACUCUGCGGACAAGGUUCCUCAGCCUGAGGACAAGUUUCUUCGCUCUGAGGACAAGGUUCUUCACUCUGAUGACAAGGUUCCUCACACUGAGGACAAGGGUCUUCACUCUGAAGACAAGAUUCUUCACUCUAAGGACAAGGUUCUUCACUCUGAGGACAAGGUUCUUCACACGGAGGACAAGGUUCCUCACUUUGAGGACAAGAUUUUCACUCUGAGGACAAGGUUCUUUACUCUGAUGACAAGGUUCCUCACACUGAGGACAAUGUUCCUCACCUUGAGGACAAGGUUCUUCACUCUGAGGAUAAUGUUCUUCACUCUGACGCAUAA